AUGGAGGACAGUGCUGGGCAGGUGCGCACGGUGCGCUUCCUCGGUCAAGCAUUUUCCAGAGAAUCCUUAAUGUGCCGCCUCUUCUACCUAUUUUUCUUCGCGUCAUUCGGUUCCCUCUUCCCAUUACUCGGAGUAUACUUCAAACAGCUCGGAAUGACGGCAACGCAGGCAGGGAUUUUGUUAGGCUGUCGCCCAUUCCUGGAAAUGGCCUCCCACCCAUUCUGGGGCUCAUUUGCGUCCCGGUUCAAGAAGGAGAAGCUCUUGCUCAUCUUCUCCCUGGGAUCGCUGAUCGUUUUUACGCUGGCUAUCGGAUUUGUGCAGCCUUCUACCCAGUAUUGCGUCUCAAUUAUGGAAUCUGAGGCCGGUGAAGCUGUGAAGCCACAAGAAAAUGAUACCUGCAUCUCACUACUGACAAAUGCGGGAGAGGUGAUCCCCGGAGGGGCCGUUGGGUUUCUGAAGAAGAAGAUUGGGUUGGGAAGACGGAAAAGGGCCACCAAAGAGAAAACGAGGGGCAGAGCACGAUCUAAAAUUACGACGACUACCACGCCGGAACCGACAACACCACCGAAAGUAGUAACCGAAAAUAUCGACCUAUCAACCGUCGAGAAACCGGAAACAGCAAUCGUCGGAAUCUCACCAGUCUAUAUCACACGAGAAGAGGUGUGCAACUAUGAUGAAGAAGCCUAUGGUAUCUUGGUAACCCCACCACAUUCUACCAGGGUUUAUAAGCAGCCCGUCGUCGAGCAAGCGUUUAUGAUGCUACUAUUGCUAAUUAUAUUCGGAGAAUUUUUGUCCACGCCAGCUUUGAGCAUUGCCGAUGCGGCUACCCUUAAUGCGUGUAAAGACCAUCCUAAAGAGUUCGGAAAAAUCCGAUUAUUCGGAUCGGUCGGUUGGGGAGCUGCUAUGUUUAUCAUGGGAAUCGCGCUGGAUUAUUCUGAUACCUUCCGGAACCACCCAUGCCCGGUCAAAAAUUCGACCGAAAAGAAUUAUGUUCUCUGCUUCGUGAUGUGCACAAUUUUCAUCAUGGCUGCCAUGCUGAUUGCAACCCAAUUGAAAUUUGGUGCCGAGUCCGUGAGAAGUGAUGAAGCGACAGCGUUGGCGAUGGAUGCGAGGGCGGAAGAAGUGGCUCCGGCAUUGGCAGAAAAAGCUAGGAAUCGACAGGCGCAGGUCGACACAACAACCCAAAACAGCCUCCUCAUCACUCUAAAAUCCCUCAACAACCUUCAUACCAUCAUCUUCCUCGUCUUGGUCACGAUCUUCGGGAUGGGAACCGGAGUCGUGUUUAGCUUCCUGUAUUGGACACUACAGGACCUGGGAGGUUCUCCAUCUCUCUUCGGAAUGUUGUCCGUUGUCAACCAUCUUGGAGAGAUCAUCGUCUUCUUCUAUGCUUUCAAGAUUAUUAAUAAGCUUGGGCACAUGAGGACAAUUUACGCAUGUCUCCUCGUCAACACCGUCAGAUUUAUAAUUUUGGCGCUGAUCGACAACGCGUUUUUGGCGAUUCCAUUGCAGUUGGUUCAAGGCUUGGUCCUCGGCACCCUCUGGGCGUGUGCUUCAUCCUACAUCACCCUUAUCGCCCCAGCAAAUGCAAAAGCCUCCUCGCAACAAAUUCUCUUCCUGCUCUAUCAAGGUCUCGGCAAGGGAAUGGGCUCCAUUUUGGCUGGGAUCUGCAUCCAGAGCCUAGGCUCCCGCGUAACCUUCGUCUUGUAUGGACUGUUUUGCGCAGUGGCAGCUGGUGCUGGAUUUGCCAUUAACAAAUUCUACAAAUAUGACGGCAUUAAGUACAGCGCCGGAAUGUUUGACGACGAGGAGUGCGAUAUUUUGGCACCCCAAGGCCUGCCAUCGCUGCGGACAGAUAUGCACGACGCAUUCGCACCCCAGACGGCCGUCAGCAACGCUAAUUACGGAGCCAUCGACCCGCAACAGGAUGCGUACGAUCGAUACGUCAGCUCGGCACAG